AUGACACUGCAUUGGAAAGAUGAUCCAAAACCGCUAAAGCAAAUAUGUCUUGUCGACAUUGAGACAGAACCAGAUCCACGCUGGACCACAAUCGUAUGUGGAAACCAAGAAAAUCUGCUAAAGGCAUUCGCUCUCUGCUGGCGAGCAUUUGCCCCUGACAUCCAAGUUGGGUUUAACGAUUCAGACUAUGAUUGGCGUUUCAUUAUGGAAAGAGCCUAUCAUCUCAACAUUCUCGAAUGGAUAUGGGAGCGGAUGACAGGAAAGUUUGAAACAAAGGAAGAAAUUAUAAAGUGGAAAUAUCGUGGAAAGAUAGGAGCGAAAUCCGAAAAUACUUUUAAGAAGAAAGAAAAGAAAAAGAAUAGUGAGGACAGAGAUAGUGAAAAUACUCUUCACAUUCUUGAGAAUGGAGAGGAGGAUACGGAAGUCAAAGAAUUUCUGGGCGGUCCGAUUAAGAUCAAAAUUUCUGCGGAAGAUAAUUUCUUUUCCAGCUUCCUUAAACUGCCAGGAUGUGUACCAAUUGACGUUAGAGUUUGCCUCAAAAAGCGUUACCCCCGUUCUGAAGUCGAAAAGGAAGGCUCACUUAAAUUCUUCUUACAAAAAUGCGGUCUUGACGCUAAAGUUGACAUGCCAUACAAUAAAAUGUGGAAAACCUAUUCAGAGGCGAAAAAGGACCCGUCCCCAUCAACUGCAAGGAAAAUGCGGGAAGUAGCAUAUUACUGUAUUAUAGAUGCACUGCGUUGCCAGGAGCUUUUGGUAAAGCUAAGUCAAAUAAAUGAAUACAGAGAAGUCGUUUCUAUAGCUUAUGUAUCUUUAUUCGACACACACUAUCGCGCAAAUGGAAUGAAGGUACGAAACUUUCUAGGCGCUUAUGCUUUUAAGCGUGAUAUGUUAUUUAAUGCAAGGAUUCCUGAAAAGGUGGAAAAGGGUAAGUAUCCCGGUGCAUAUGUUUUUCCACCUAAAAAAGGUAUCGAGACGAAAAGGCCGGUAACGGGAUUGGAUUUUACAUCUUUAUAUCCAAGCCUUAUUAUGGCCUAUAACCUCUCUCCAGAAAAAUUUAUAUUUAAUCCAGAGGAGGCUGUCAUUAUAAAAAAGAAUGGGAACACUUUACACGAGAUUAGCUUUCCAUUCAAUAAGUGCACUAUUCAAGCUUGGUGCGUAAGACAUGAUAAUCGAUCUGAGAAGAAAGGUUUAUACCCGACCGUAUUAGAGGAAUUAUCUGCGAUGAGACUAGAACUUAAAGCGCAACUUGCCUCAUUAGGAAAGAAGAAGGUUCAACUUGGAAAGAUAAUAAGUUCGUUGAAAGAAAAGGGUAAAAGAAUCCCUGAGAAGUUAGAUUUAGAAUAUAAAACUCUUUGCUUCAAACAUGACUGCUUGGAUUCAAAGCAGAAAGCUGUAAAGUUAUUUAUGAAUACCUUUUAUGGAGAGGCCAGAAACCCAUUAUCUUUAAUCUUUCUCCGUGCAUUGGCCGGAGGAACUACUUCCGCUGGCAAAUACAUUAUCAAACUCGUUGCAGAAUAUGUGAAAAAGAAAGGCUUUAGAAUCAAAUACGGGGAUACUAAUUCUUUGUAUCUUACAUGUUCAGAUAAGUAUUUUGAAAAAUGCGAUGAAGCCUUUUCCAGAGGUGAACUUUCUAAAGAAGCGUACUGGACCGAAAUGGUCAAAAUUACUAUGGAUGUAAUAAAAAAGUUGCGCGAUCAGAUUAAUGCCUAUCUUAGGAUAAAAACCAGCACAUCUUAUCUUAAGAUGGCUUACGAAAAGGUAUUAUUUCCUGUCUGCUUUACUGGCAAAAAAAAGUACUUUGGAAUUGGGUAUGAAGAUGAAGUAAACUUUAGACCAGAUGAUCUCUUUAAGAAAGGAAUUGAUACUGUAAAGCAAGGUAAAUCCCAGCUUCUCAAAUUCAUCGGAGAGAAGAUUAUGAGAGAGGCUAUGGAUAUUAAUAAUACACGUUCAAUUCACGAUAUUGUUGAAGAUACUCUUAGAGAAGCCCGGAACAAGGAAUGGGAUUUCAAUGAAUUUAUCGUAAUGGGUAUAUGGAAGCCUAAGAAAAAUAAUCUCUGCAACAAUCGCUUUGUGAAAUGUAUGAGAGAGAGAAAUGAGAGGAUUCCUGAUCCCGGCGAACGCUUUAGUUAUGUUGUUGUGAAGGGUCCCCGCCUUCGUAGUGAGGAAGGCCAGUUAAUACCAUAUAGAGUUGGGGAUUAUAUGGAGUAUGCGGGUAUAGCAAAAGAGAAAAACAUAGAAAUAGAUAUCAAUUAUUAUUUAGGCACUACGGUUAGAAUGUGCGCACGCUUUAUCAAUAAGGAUGAUAGAUACCAACCACCACCUUCACAUAAAAUUAUGCAACUUAAAUAUUUGGAUGAAAAGGAAAAGCAGACCGACAAAUAUUCCCAGGAUGAGGCAACAAAAUGGCUUAAAAAAUAUAUAAAAGGCUUACAAUGA